AACACAAAAACACACAUUCGUCACAAGAAAGAAGAGAAGGAAAAAAAAACAUUGUUAGGCAGCUUUGAACAACCUGAGAAGAAGGGAAAAAAAGAAAGAGUUGUUGGGACUUGGGACUUUUACUUUUGGGUUGAUUGCAGCUUUCUUCUUCUUCCUCUCCUUCUUUCUGAUCUUUGGUGGGAAUUUCUUCCCUUUUCAUUUUAUGGGGUGAAAUGGGAAAGAAAGGCAGUUGGUUUUCUGCAAUCAAAAGACUUUUCACACCCAAAUCUUCCAAGGACAAGGAAAAGAAAAAAUCAAAGGCAAAUAAGGGAAAGAGGCAUGGAGAGAGCAAAUCAUUUAUUCCACUCUUGAGAGAACCAAGCAGUAUUGAGAAGAUAUUGGAGGAGGCAGCUGCAGAUGAUGAACAUAGACUGCUUCUUAAUCCCCAACCAAAAUUCUCUCAAAACAUCUCUUCGCCCCGACCUGUUACUUCUCCGAGGGUGACAUCUCAAAGGGCUGCUUCCCCUAGAGCUACUUCAUAUAAGGCAAGGAGGAAACGCAAAGAAGAUAACCGUUAUGUGCAUAGACCCGAACCGGCUUUAGAAGUGCUUCAUGCCAAGGCUAUCGUGAUCCAAACUGCCUUUAGAGGCUAUAUGGCGAGGAGGAGUUUGAGAACUUUGAGAGGCUUAGUGAGGCUUCAAGGAGUGAUGGGAGGAAAUAAUGUGAAGAAGCAGAGCUUGAAUGCCCUUGAACAAAUGCAGUUUAUGGUUAGCGUUCAAACGCAGGUUCAAUGCCGAAGGAUCCAAAUGCUGGAAAACCAGGCACUUCAGUUCCAAGUUUUCAAGAAUGGCAAUGGCGCCGCAAGCAAUUGGACACAACUGACCGGUGUGGGUAACACAGAGAAUUGGGAUGAUAGUGUUCUAACCAAAGAUGAAAUUGAACGGAGGGGGCGAAGAAAAGUGGAGGCAAUUGCCAAGAGGGAAAGAGCCAUGGCUUAUGCAUAUUCUAAUCCCCAUCAUCAUCAGAAAGGCAAUAGCCAGAGAUGGAGUUUGUAUCCCACCAUAAUAUGGUGGAAUUGGUUAGAUGAUCUCCGCGAGUCUUCUGACAAAAAUGCCCUCCCAACACCAACAUCAACAAAAUCAGCUGCUCCAAUGGGUAGCAAACAGUCUGAAGAUUCAUAUGGUAAAACGUCGCGGCCUCCAGGCAGCUCUAGCAGUUUGACAAGCUGUCCUCCGUUUUCGGUUCCAAGUUACAUGGCACCAACUGCUUCAGCCAAAGCCAGGGAGAGGAAUAGUGAUAGUCACCUGAUGGGUGAAUCAUCGAAGAGGAGGUUUUCUUAUCCUUUAACCCCGCAGAACAUUGUCGAAAAGGAAGCGGAUAAACAUGGAGGAGAUUGUGUGAGUGUGGAUUCCACUGUUUCUAUGUCUGGGAGGAAGCCAUUUAACAGAUUUGUGUGAUUGGAUUUCUUUCUUAUUCUUUUUAAAGGUUGACAUUUUGGUUUCUCUUCUCCUUGUUCAUGUCAAUAACCCUUCUAAUUUGUUCAUUUAAUCAUGAUUUUCCAGUCACUUAGUCAUGCCAUUCAUCGUGUAAAAAAACGCGUAGCAGUUCAGAAAUUUCGUAAACAAACAAAUUUGGAUUAGUAAUUUGACAAAAUGGUCUUGGAAAAGAAUUAAAGAAUUAAGUUGAAACUAAUGAAAAUUUUGAUUGCAUAUUUAAAAAAAAUACAGAAAUUGAAAGGAAAAUGUGAGAUGAAUUUAGUAGACAAGUCCCUUUCAGAGAUCACUCAUCUGUGGAUACAUCUCAGCGGUUGUCUGGCCGCCGCUGAUUUCGCACAGCUUUCUAUUUCAUGCAAUUCGAGUCCGGCGUCGGAAAUUUGAUCUUAACGACGCCAUCGGCGAUGCAUAUUCGUUGUUCCGGUAGGAAGAUGGAGAGAAAAGGAAUGUUGCGAUUUGUUCGAGGCCGUAAUCAAAACGAAAAAAGUUUGAAAGGCACGGAGAAUCGCUGUGUGAUAUCGCCAACCUUCAAUGCAAGAUAAUCCGCCAUUAAUGAGACGCUCUUGCUCUGCAAAUUGGCUUAUUCGGUCACAAAUACAAUCGGGAAAGCGAGAUUUUUUUAAUAAAAAAAUAAUAAAAACAAAAUAGAACGAGAAAUGGGAAGAGCACCGCCGGCAGCUGGGUGGAGUAGAUGAUGGCUCCGAGAUGAGAUGAAUACGUUG